AUGGUUGUGAACAAGAUGAACUUCCCUGAUUUCACCCCCUUUCUUGAAAAGCUUACUAACGGAAGAUGCAGAUAUGUGUAUUACUGUCCGCAUGAAGCGAGGUUGUCUGAGGGAUUACAUGCUAUUCAGAAUGACUGUGAUUUUAACGAGUUUCUUGAAGAUAUCAAUGAAAAGAAAAGAUUGGAUGUGUAUGUGGAUCAUUAUCAUGAACCUUUGUUUGAUUGGAUUCAGGAGGAAGAAUUACACAACAAGUCUAUUACAUCAACAUCCCCUAAAACCUCUAGAAGCAUAUCUUCAACCCCAAAACAUAACCUUAACAAUGACUAG